AUGAAGUCCUCAAUGAAAAGAUUAGCCAAAGACCAAGUUGCAAUUCGGAAGUCCCUACCACCGAAUUACCUGUUUGAGAGUCUCGAAGCAGAAUCACUGCCGGACAACCUUACCGAACUUCUAAUAUGCCUGACUGGUCCUGAAGGUACACCAUAUUCGCAAGGCCUAUGGAGUCUUCGACUAGAAAUACCGGUAGAUUACCCUCAGAGUCCACCGACUGCUGCCUUCAAGACACGAAUCUUCCAUCCUAAUGUAGCAGAAGAGACGGGUGCCGUCUGCCUCGAGACUUUGAAAAGAGAUUGGGACCCCAAUUUGACACUGAAAGACAUCUUAAUCACAAUCUCAUGUUUGCUCAUACAACCGAACCCGGAUUCAGCUCUGAACCAGAAAGCUGGUGCACUGAUACAAGAAGAUUACGAUGCUUUCGCAAGGCAAGCAAAGUUGAUGACAAGGAUUCAUGCACCCAUACCAGAGCAUUUAAAGAGUGCAGCUUGUGAAGCAAGACGACGAGGGGAAGAAGCAAGCUCGGCAGAAAAGAGUGCAAAUGUUCCUCAGCAUCCUACAGACCACCCUUCAUUAAAAGAGAAUCAGUCGUCGCAAAAUAUAGAGACCGUCAGGAACGAGAAAGAGAAGCCUCUCAAACGCCCCAUAACAGAUUUAUUGAACAACAGCGAUCCUUCACACGCACUACUUGAACAGACUGGCAGACGUCGUAAGUCCUCCAAACACGAACAUUUGGGCGAGGAAGAGCUACGAGUCAACGAAGAAAUCACUGUCCAUCUUGCACCACAGCAUGAUGUUCUACAGCAAGUUACUUCUAUCAUUCCUACAAAGGUCAUUUUCAGAGCACAAUGGAGCAAAGGUGCGCCGAAGACAGCGAGAAUUGGUAUACGAAGAUUAUGA